AGUUGGCUCUUUCCGAAGUUUCACAUCGCUGAACCAGUUUUCUGGGGAAAAGCUCCGGUUUCAUAUUGGAGUCGUUAUUACUGAAAUCCAAACCCCUUUGUUUAGGUUUUUUUUGUUCCCCUAAAACUUUUUCACAAUCUCCCAAAGACAAAAGUUCCACAUUCAGAGGCGGAUUGUCCAGAUCAUGGGGAAACCUAGCUCGGGAACUGAGGCGAAAACCACUCGUGCUGAACGCAAAUUCGAGAAGAAAGUGCAGUUUUAUUCCAAGGUCAGAGAUACAGUUGCUUCCUUAACAGCCCAAAAAGCCAUUACCAAGAAGAAGACAAGGAGUCGACAAAAGAAACUAAAGGCAUAUGACUUUUCCUCCCUCACUGAGUUUCUUCCCGAGUUGAAAACUCCUCAGCAAAGAUCUCCCCUUCCAUCAAAGCUUAACAGCAAAACCAGGCAAAAUCUAGUGUUGAAGGAGGGAAAUCAGUUGAAGACAGUUCUUAAUCAUCCUGCUUUCCAGUCAGAUCCAUUAGGAUCCAUCCAUCAACAUCUCCAAAAUACACAGCCUCUUGCUGAUAAGAAACCUAAACCGAAGUACAAUAAGAGUGAAAGCAAGGAAGCAAAACGGAAACGAUCUAAAGCUUCAAGAGGGCCGCAACAAAUGGAAGUUUGAAUUGCCGUGUGGGCGUUUUACUUUUAUGUUCCAUUGCAAUUUUUUCAAUGGCAUUUACUGGGUCGAAAAUGUGGAGUGAAAGUACUUCCCUCAAAGGAUAGAUGUUCGAAGCUAAUUUAUUAUAUCUCUUUUCUCGUUCGAGGAGAUUGCAUGGAGCUGGACCGAGCUGCUUCUCCUGCACCUGUGUGACUUGAACAUUAAGAUCUGCAUGUGCUGACUAGACUUAGAAGAAGUAAUACUGCAGAUCAGGAUAAAGGUCUUCACAACUUCCUGCUGCGUUGUUUGUAGUUUCUCUAAAGCUAAAUUUUGGCUGACUGUUUUUUAACCUGAUCAACAUUAGCCAAUGUAGAUGUGUAAGACUUACAUUUAUCCGGUGAAACAAUUUUGAUGUUAAGGUUUGGCAUGUGUGGAGACACAUCAUAUGUGAAUUUAACAUAAAAGUACACCAUUUGAGAGUAUUGGUUUGCCAA